AUGGAUACACAUAAUCAAAUAAAAUCUGCGCUCCAAACACAAAUGAUACUAGCUCAAAUGUUAAAAACAAAUGAAGUAAAAACAUAUAAAGAAUAUAGUAUUCUCAAACAAUACUACAACAUUAUCACAGAACCAGAAAUGAGACCAAUGCCAACACGUGAGGAAAUAUUUUCACAUGGUCCCAUAAAUCCCAUGUUCUUUAAUCAUAAACAUCAUAAUAUCCGUGAUGUAUACAACACAAUAAUUGGUUUUUAA